AUGUCAAGCCCGCCGCACGACCCCGAAGAAUCUCGACCUGACCCCCUGGUGACACCUGCUACGCCCGUCCAAUAUGAUUGCUCCGGGAAGGUUGACCUCGCCCAGAGCAACCCACGUCACCAUUUUUCCAAGGACGUUCACUUGUCCCAGGGGGCUCAAGAGGCGCCUUCCCCAUCGCGGGCAGAAUCCCCAACGGUCCGUCAAUGGUCACAGCCCACAUCUACUUUCGCCCUAAAAAGGACUGCAUCAAUUCCCUUGGAGAAAUUAACCCGCCGGGACUCCUUCCAUAGUCCACAACUGUCCGAGAGAGACAGCAUUUUCGCAACACACUAUCUUCCUUCGGACAGCAGCGCAAAUACCCCACAAUUGCCCCCCGACAGGGCCUCGGAUCAUGAACGCCCGGUGAAUGCCAUCCCGGGCUUAGAUGAUGCGCAUGGGUCCCCAAGUCCUACUUCCAAGGUCUCCCCCCACCGCCCUCACGUCGACCCUUCCCACAUGGAAGUUGACGUACGCAGGCAUCUCCCCUUGCGCUCGUCGCCUCUGUUUCCUCACACCGAUGUUCCUCGUUCGUCUCAACUGCGCUCAUCCAUCUCUUCCUCGGACCAGCUGAAAGAUCAGGAGAGUGGGUCAAUCGCUCCGUUGGUGCACUCAGUGCCUUUGGAUGAAACAGGUACGAUCAUUGGCAAUUCUCAAGACCCUUUGGCUGAACGCACUCUUCUUCCGUCAUUGCUAGACGAUGCAUCCCGCUACCCUCAGUCCUUAUCACCGUUGACAGCCGGCCAGGACUGGCCUGUGGUCAGUCCGGAGACCGUACCUCACACCGCACCUCACAGUUCCUUUGCAGAAUCAACUCGGGGUAGACAGAUUGAGGGCGGCUCAUCCAGAGGCCGUCGUGGGCGAGUGGACAGCUCGAUCGAGGCAAACCUGACCAACGCGGAGCCCGCAUCCAACGUGCGCAGCCGCAAGUCUAGUCACUACCUCGGUCUGUUCAAGGAAAAUACAUCCCCCGACCGCAAGCGAUGGGAGGACCGUGCUAGACAGCAAGAUGAGCCGCUUGAUUUAAAGGGUCACACCAUGGAGCUGGAAAUUCCAAAGCUUCAUGCCCUACCUGAGGAUGAUGGGACACUGCGGAAAAGUAUUUCCCUCCCUUUACUGGGCGACAGCCGGUCGCUCGAGUUGCCAUCUACAAACACGUCACAACAAGUAGACCAGGAAGAUGGCCAUCAGCGGCGGCCACAAGCGCUGCCACGCGGUCUCCUCGAGGAAAUUCGGAACUUCCACCUGACUCCAGGUGGUGGACGCGGGUCCUCUUUUUCCAAAAGCAUCCCAACUCACUCUUUCGAGGAAGGAGAGCGUCGGGCGACUGGUCAAUUUGAAGAUGGUCAAUUUGAAGAUGAAGAGGAGAACGAACAAAUCUCUUCCGCGGUUUAUUUCCCUCACAAGCGCACAGUGCCCGAAGGGCUUGAUGAUUCAGAUCCAUUACUGGCAGAUUCGGAUAGCGUGCAAACACUUCAAUUAGCGGCUGCGGAGAAAGGUCAUGAACUGAUGCUAGUGCCUAAAGAACAUGGAGAGCCCCCGAAGCAAGAGGCCGGCCAUGUGGAUAUCUCUCUUCGAUCUAAAACCGAAAGUAAGAUUCUCUCCGGCGAGCUUCCGGAACUUCGCCCUCCGGCAGGAAGUCUACCUGAGAAGUCUCUGGGCGCGGUCUCUGAAUACAGUUGUGAUUCAACUGGCGAGUCCGAAAUCGUGUCAGCGGACGAAAGCUCUCAGUCCAUGCAUGAUGAUUCCAGCCUCACCGACGACCUUGAGGUUACACCAACCGCUACGCCCACGCAGCGAAAUCGGUUCCCGGCCAGACGCAAGUCGAAGCCCACAGCGCCCCUUGGGGCUGUGGAAUUGAAGCCGUACCGCCAUCAAGUCGGUGGUCAUACCACUGUUUUCCGUUUCUCGCGACGGGCGGUUUGCAAGCAGCUCAACAAUCGGGAAAAUGAAUUUUACGAGCGAAUUGAAAGAAGGCACCCUGACAUGCUCUUGUUUCUUCCCAGGUACAUUGGUGUUUUGAAUGUGACAUUCUCGAAAACUUCCAAGCGCUCCAAGGUCAAUACCGAGACUGCAAAUGGCAGUGCCCUAGAUGCAACCCAGACUAAUGGGUCGUCUGGAAAAAACUCUCGUCUGCUGGAAGCUCCGGAACCACAAAGGAUUGUAAGCCAGUCACAGGUUACUGGGGUCAUUCCCAAAGUCAUUCUUGAGAACAAUCGUCAUAUCAUUCCAGCCGACCUUUUCUCUCGUCCCCAACGACUUCGGCUUGGAAAUGGCGGUCCCAUAGGCCGGCCACGCUCUGCCGAUGGUCUUGAUAAUGUCGCAGCUGACUCUGAUUCAACCCGCAAACCAACCAAGAUCUGGGGUGCGACCACAGUGAACAGAAAGCUCCAAGAACAAGUCCUCCGAGAAGUGUUCAGUCCGCCUGCUAUUCAUCAUCACCGGCGACAAGCACGAGGCCCCCUUCAUCUGCCGAGAGCCUCUUCGGACAUGCCUCGUCGACGUGGAAAUCUGUCAGAAGACCAGACAGACAAUAGCCGUCCUUCCACACCGGGAAAGGUUGAGACUUUGAAAACCCCCGUGAAGGAGAUUGCGCGGUCUCAUCCUGACCCGGGUCCAACUCUUUCAUCAUCAGCGUCCACUGCGUUCGAGGACAAUCGUAAUCGCCUUGAGAAAACGCGGACUGAGGAACAUUCCAAUCGAGCAACCUCUCUACAUCGUGGCCAGACGAGACGGCGGCACUCCGGUGGUGGUCUUCAACGGCGUGGAAGUUUGAAUUCUCGCAAUGAGGGUGAGCUUCUAUUUUUUGACGACGAGGGUUACGGUGGAGACCGCGAGGAUGAGAUAUUCUCCAUGGAAGGUGAUGCACCUAUUCCUGAGAUCGCCACCUCCAAAGUCAAGUCUUCUUCCUCAGUCUCUACAGUCUCGGAAAACGCCUCUGUGGGUGAUCCCCAUGGCACUGAAACCGAAGCUCCUAGUAAACUCCUAGACGCCUCCCAUGCACGAGCGAAUAUCGAUGCGAGUCCUGAAUUGCCAAGCAAUCCGAAAGAGGCGCAACUGCGAAAGGAUGACCGAGUGCAGUUUUUCCUUCUCUUGGAAGAUCUCACAGCUGGCAUGAACAAGCCAUGCGUCCUCGAUCUCAAGAUGGGAACUCGUCAAUACGGCAUUGAAGCGAGCGAGAAGAAGAAGAAAUCUCAGAGGCGAAAGUGCCAGUCGACCACUUCCCAGCAAUUAGGAGUUCGCCUUUGUGGUAUGCAAGCUUGGAAUGUCAAGAAACAAGAGUACAUCUUCGAAGAUAAAUACUUUGGACGAGACCUUAAAUCCGGCCGCGAAUUCCAGGAUGCUCUCACUCGCUUCCUUUACGAUGGCGUCAGCUACGCCAGUGUGGCCAAGAAGAUUCCCAUCAUUCUGGAAAAAAUCUCUUUGCUGGAAAAUAUGAUCCGAAAGCUGGACCGAUACCGCCUCUAUGCUAGUAGCCUCUUGAUUUUGUAUGAUGGAGAGCAAGCAACCCCUCCGCCAACGCCUAGUCACCCUAGUGGUGAACGACCCAGUCCGCGGCGGCGAGCUUCUGAGGAUGGCCACAACAAUAUCGAUGUUCAGUUGAAGAUCGUCGAUUUUGCCAACUGCGUGACGGGUGAGGACGAAUUACCUCCAGACACCCCUUGUCCGCCUCAACACCCGCAAGACAUUGAUCGUGGCUACCUCCGCGGCCUCCGCACUCUGCGGAUGUACUUCCAACGCAUCUUGCGUGAAACUGCCCAGGACGAGUACGUCGAGCGUGGCGAAGGCGAGGCCAUUGCACUAGGUUCACAACCCGCCGUGCGCGAGUCCUCGUCAGACCAGUACUGGGACGAGAAUGUGAUAGAUAGUGACGCAGGUGAAGUCAGUUUCUGA